UCCAAACGCUCUGCGUCUGAAGUCUUCCAAUGUAGAGCUGUAAUUCCGAGCGAAUGACUUAAAUGGCUUGCGACAAUCGCACGAAAGUGUAUCUCGGGUACGAGGACGAGUACGUCACCGACAAGCAUCGGUCUUUGCUCAAUUUCACGACGAACAAGAUCGGCGGGCAUCCGAACUGUUACGGAAAGAGCACGCUAUCGUCGCCGCAAUGCAGACUGUGCGGUUUGUAUCAGCUUUUAACACUCCAAUUGUACGCACCUUUAGAUAAUUCAAAGUAUCAUCGAACGUUAUACAUAUUCGCGUGUAUCAAUCCGAAUUGCUGGAAUCAAAAUGAAAGUUGGACAUGCUUGAGAAUACAGCACUUAGAGGAUGAAACUAAAACAAGUACACCGGAAUCUGGAAGCGUUAAUGUGCCAUCUACAGCAGCUUGGCUGUCAGAUUCUGAUGAUUGGGGGGAUAACGUAAAUGAUAAUGCAUCGGAACAAAAUGGAAACAACAUGUUGAGGAAUGAUCCUUUACAAUUCCACUUUUCUCUGCAUAAAGAAAUAGAUCAGGAGAUACGAGAUGAGUUGUCUGUGCUGCGUGUGGAUGAUCCAAAUGCAAAUAGUCCAACCAGCGUGGAUUCUCCAGUCAGCGGAGGCGCUGUUGGUCGCUUGGAUUCCCCUCAAGCCUCCGCAGAGAUCGACGGAGAUGAGAGUGAAGUCGUGUGCAUCGAUACUCCAACGCGACCGCAAUGUGAUUUAGUUAGUUUACUGCAGGAAGUAACUCCGUUGCCGUUGCAAAUCACAAAUGCGGAAAUCAAAUACUCGUUUGUUGAAAUCUUUCUCUCGGUCGACGAAGAGGAUCGCAACACGGACGUGUCUCAGCACGUUCGUGAUUUGUUGGUCGAAUAUCAGCACAGUAAUCCGGACGCAUCGACGAAGUUCACGCCGGACUCCGGCAAUCCUAAAACGAUUGAAACAGACUUGGAAAAAUAUGAGAAAGGCAUUCCCAGGCACGGCGACGAGAUGUUUCACAAUUUUGUUUGUAGAAUACAGCGGAAUGCUGGACAGCUGCUACGAUAUUCAAGGGAUAAUUCUGCGCCGUUACUGUUAUAUCCAUUGAGCGGUUGUAUCGGCAAAUGCCGGCACUGCGGCGACGAGAUGACUUUCGAGCUGCAAAUUCUGCCGACGAUCAUACCAAAGUUGACAUUGAAUCCGCGAAGUGAGCGGAACUUCCAGAUAGAAUUUGGUACCGUUUUAAUAUACACUUGCGUUAGAAGCUGUUGGUCCGCGACCGACUCGUACCGGGAAGAACAUGUCGUUGUUCAAGCGGAGAGACUAUAGUCAUAUUAAAAAAAAAAAAAAAAGAGAAAA